GAAGAUGACGUCACCGAUCUGCAGCAGUUUUUGAUGUCCGCUAAAGUAAAGGAGGUGACAGGAUGCUGUCCGCGUCAGCCGCUGCGGUUACUCUCCUGGUGGCCUGGGUUUACCCGAGCCACGCGUUAUAUUUCCACAUAGGAGAGACGGAGAAAAAAUGUUUCAUUGAAGAAAUUCCCGACGAGACGAUGGUGAUCGGAAAGUACCGCACUCAGAUGUGGGACAAACAGACCGGCUCCUUCCUCCCGUCCACCCCCGGCCUCGGGAUGCACGUUGAGAUCAAGGAUCCGGACACGAAGAUCAUCCUGUCCCGUCAGUACGGCUCUGAAGGACGCUUCACGUUCACCUCUCACACUCCUGGAGAACAUCAGAUCUGUUUGCAUUCCAACUCCACCAAGAUGGCUCUGUUCGCAGGAGGCAAGCUGAGAGUGCACCUGGAGAUCCAGGUUGGAGAACACACCAACAACUACCCUGAGAUCGCAGCGAAGGACAAACUGACGGAGCUGCAGCUGCGCGUGCGACAGCUGCUGGACCAAGUGGAGCAGAUCCAGAAGGAGCAGAACUACCAGAGGUACCGUGAGGAGCGCUUUCGUAUGACGAGCGAGAGCACCAACCAGCGCGUUCUCUGGUGGUCCAUCGCUCAGACCUUCAUCCUCAUCAUCACCGGCAUCUGGCAGAUGAGGCACCUGAAGAGCUUCUUCGAGGCCAAGAAGCUGGUGUAACGUGAGCCAGGAGACGAGCUGGACUCUGCAGAACUGGGACACGUCCACCUCUAGCACAGAACCACCAGGAGGAGGACUGGGUAUCAGCCACCGACAGUUCGAGUUCUCUCCCACAAACCAACUUUUUUCCCUCUGUAGCAGAACACUCCAGUCACCACCGUGUUUGUGACGUUUUCUGGACAACAGUGGACUUUUUCUCUGAAAAAGUUAAAAACGUUUCUCAGUAGUGUAGAAGAACCAGAAUGUUAAAAGUGUUACCAGAAACGACCCUAACAUCAGCUCUACGUUUUGGUCUUGUUGUUUCUGCGCGUUCUUCCAGCUGCGUUCCAACAACCGGUCAAAGUUCAUACAACAUUUUUCACCGAAGCAGCUGGAAUUCUGCGCUCGCAUUUAUUAUUUCGAAGCAGCAGUUUCACCUCAGAAAUGCUUUAUGAAAAAUUUAAGCACUGAAGCCUUUUCAUCUGCAUGAAACGCCUGAAAAAUCUGUUG